AUGUCAGCAGAAAGACCUUUCAUCUACAUCCACAUGGUCACAUCUCUUGAUGGCAAGAUUGUCGGCAAAUUCAUGGAAACAGGAAAUGCAAUGUCGGCAUUACAGGAUUACAUGUGGACAAAUGCCUUAUAUAAAGCAGAUGGCGCAAUGUGCGGAAGUAAGACAAUAACUGAAAUGGGAUAUAAUAAUCCAGUUCUCAACCCAGAAGAAACAGAAGUUCCAGAUGGCGAUUUUAUCGCAGAAGGUGCAAAAGUCCCAUUUUUAGUUGUCCUCGAUUCAACUGGAAAGGAUGGAUGGAAUCAAAGUCACGUUAAUAUGCCACUUAGUCCAACAACUACUAUCAUUGAAGUCUUAUCAGAGAAAGCAUCUCCACAAUACAGAAAUUAUUUAAGAAGACUUAAUAUUUCUUACAUCAUUUCAGGAAAAGAACAUGUCAACAUUGUUCCAGUUGUUCAGAAGUUGAAGAAAGUAUUUGGCGUCAAUGUUCUUGGUAUUCUUGGUGGUGCUACAGUAAACUGGUCAGUUGUUGAAGCCGGAAUCUGUGACGAAGUUUCUAUCUGCCUAUCAGCAGUUGGUGAUGGUGCAAACAAUUCUUUGACAUUGUUCGAGAAGUCUCCAGCAGUUUUGAACGAUUCUCCUGUCUAA